UUGUGGGGGUGAGAGAGCAAGGAAGCCACUGAGCAGUGCCUUUACACGAUCCUACACCCCAGUUCCAGGAGCACUGUUCACCCCCAUGUGAGCUUCUGGUCGCCUACAUCACUAGCUGUCGCCCCGCAUGCCUGCCGGACACUCAGGUUCCAUUUAGCCCCGCGCUGAGCCGGUGGAUGAGCCCACUCAGGAGGAUUUAAGUCCUGCUCCGAGCCGCGGGCCGCUCCGCCAUUGAUGCUGCUUUUCUGAGCUGAAGUUGUGGAAACACCGAGUUUUAAGGAUCAUCGCAGCUUCAGCAUGAAGAAAAAAAGUCGAAACCCCCGCUCUCCUAUGUUAAAGAGGGAGUCUUCUCCAAUCAAACCAUCGCCCAACAGGGAGACGCUCACGUAUGCACAAGCUCAGCGAAUGGUGGAGCUGGAGGUGGACGGUCGAGUGCACCGGCUCAGCAUUUAUGACAAACUGGAUGUCAUUACUGACGAUGACCCCAUGGCCCAGGAGAUCAUGGAGUGCAACAGCAACAAAGAGAACAGUGAAAAGCCCCAGCAGAUCCUGGUUCGCUCUGUGCGCCUCAAAAAUAGCCAGCAGAAGAAAAAUGCUGCUCUAACCGCCUCACAUGGCGGAAGCACUAGUGGCCUGUUACAGGCAAAGGUUAAACCUGUUGAGUACAAUCUGCCAGUGGUGCCAAAGAGGCCAGUAACAUAUUACAAAUACACUGAGAGGACAGCGGAAGAUCUGGACGAGGAGGUGGAGUACGACAUGGACGAGGAAGACUACGCGUGGCUGGAUCUCAUCAAUGAAAAACGUAAGAGUGAGGGUAUUAGUCAGGUGUCGCACAACCUGUUUGAGUUUCUCAUGGACCGUUUUGAGAAGGAGUCGUUCUCGGCCACGCAGGGUCAGAGUGACCUUCAGUCGCUAGUAGACGAGGACGCCGUCUGCUGUAUCUGCAUGGAUGGAGAUGGAGCAGACACAAAUGUCAUCCUCUUUUGCGACUCUUGCAACAUCGCCGUACACCAGGAGUGCUACGGCGUGCCCUAUAUACCCGAGGGUCAGUGGCUGUGCCGUCACUGUUUGCAGUGUCCGUCACAGCCAGCCGAAUGCCUCUUCUGCCCCAACAGAGGAGGAGCUCUGAAGAAGACGGACGACGAGCGCUGGGGCCACGUGGCGUGUGCUCUGUGGGUGCCCGAAGUCGGUUUCUCCGACACCGUUUUUAUCGAGCCCAUCGACGGCGUUCGCAACAUCCCGCCAGCGCGCUGGAAGCUCACCUGCUAUCUGUGCAAGGAAAAAGGGGUCGGAGCCUGCAUCCAGUGCGACAAAAUAAACUGCUACGUCGCUUUCCACGUCAGCUGUGCUCAGAAGGCAGGCCUCUAUAUGAAAAUGGAACCUGUCAAAGAGGUAACUGUGUCCGGAUCCCCCACCUUCUCUGUGAAAAAGACUGCCUACUGCUGCAGCCACACGCCCAAGGGCUGUGAUCGCCGUCCUCUCAACAUCUACGAGGAGCCUCAUCCCAACAACGGAGCCUGUCACAAGAGGGCGGACAAGAACGGGAAGGCUCGCUCUAAGGGCUGGGAAAAGAAAAAGAUUAAGAGAGCAGAGCCGGAAUCAGAUGCAGAACCUGCAGAGACCCCAAUGAACCCUGGGCCGAGCAUCACUGCUUCAAGUUUUGACACUAUCCUUAACCAGGUAGCGGUUCAGAGGAAGCGUCUGUUUGUUGAGCGGGUGGUGAGUUACUGGACACUAAAGAGGCAAUCGAGAAACAACGUUCCCUUGAUCCGCCGACUACAGGCCAACCCUCAGCCAUCCAUAGCCAAGCAGAUGGAUCGUGUGGAGACUAACCAGGCCCUGAAGGAAAAGCUCAAAGAAUGGCAUCGCCUUCGUCACGACCUGGAGAGAGCCCGUUUACUGUUGGAACUCAUCAGGAAGAGGGAGAAACUGAAGAGAGAGGAGAUGAAACUCCAGCAGUCGGUGCUGGAGGUCCAGCUGACUCCCUUCAACAUCCUGCUGAGGGCAGUGCUCAGUCAGCUGCAGGAGAAGGACCACUACAGCAUCUUCGCUCAACCUGUCAGCAUUAAGGAGGUCCCUGACUACCUGGACCACGUCAAGAUUCCCAUGGACUUCUCUACUAUGAGGAAACGGAUUGAUGCUCACUGCUACAGGAGCUUGGAUGAUUUUGAGGCUGACUUCAACCUUAUCAUCGCUAACUGCAUGACGUACAAUGCCAAGGACACAUUCUUCUACAAGGCAGCUCAGCGGAUGCAGGACCACGGAGGAGUCAUCCUCCGCAGGGCCUGCAGAGAGGCGGAAAGCAUUGGCUUUGAUUUCCCCAGCGGCUUGCACUUGCCAGAAGUCCCAAAACCAGAGCCGUCACCUCCUUUCUCCUGGGAGGCCGUGGACAGUAUUCUGAACCCCAACUACCGUCAGCGGGUACCUGUGGAGGAUCAGCUGAAGGACCUUUUGGAAAAGCUGGACCAAAGCACUGCCAUGAAGCACAGCCCAUCCCGCAGUAAAAGGCUGAAACUGCUAAAGAAGACCAUUAUGGAAGUUCGGAAUGAGAUAAGCCUGACAAAGUCCCGCUUACCGCUGCCGCCCUCGGCCCACGACUGCGUCCCAAAGCCCGCAAAGUCGGAAGAAAAGGCAGCAAGUGAAUCCCAAAAAGAGUCCUGCAAGUCUUUGCCUCCGCCGACGUUAGAGUUGCUAACGUCACCUUUCCAGUGUGAAACCUCACCCAGCAACGCAGAGCCUCCUUCUCUAAAGCCCAUUGAUCCUCUUUUAAACCACACUCCCGUGGAGUUGGACGACACCACCGACACACCUACCUCAGGGCCCCUGGAUCCCCCCAAUCAGAACAUUCCAGACCAGCCACUUCCUAACGGUGACGUUCACACUAAAUCCUCCGGCGCCUGCAACCGACGGACCAACGUCCUCUUCCGUAAGUCCAAGAGUGCCAGCCCGCAGAAACCACCCAAGACUCCAGACUUGUCCACUCUGUCGCUGCCUCCACUGGGCGCCAAAACGUUUCUCUCAGUGGUGAUUCCUCGACUGGAGACCCUCCUCCUGCCCAAAAAAAGAACCCGCAGCAGCAGCGCAGACGGCGAGGAGGACGAGGAGACGCCGAUCAAACGUCUGGGCACAGGGAUAGCAAACGGUUUUGUGGUGGAGGAGGGUGUGGUGUCAACAUCUCCACGGUUACUGGAGCCACGGCGGCGCUGCGCCUCAGAGUCAAGCAUAUCGUCCACAGGGAGCAUCCUCUGUGGUUCAAGCUCUGCCGUUGUUUCUAAAAAUCGAAAAAUGCAACCAGCUGCGGCGCGACGAAGCACUGUGGAUGACAAUAGCACUCUGAUGACCUGUAUUGAGAACAGAGAGUUCUCCAGAGCUGCCAAGAUAUCUUCAGAGGUGUGGAAGUCCACCGCUGGUUCUCCAUUUGUUCUGGAACCUCUUAAAGUAGUUUGGGCUAAAUGUAGUGGAUAUCCCUCCUUCCCUGCCCUGAUCGUGGACCCCAGAGCUCGGAGGAAAGUAUUUCCACACAACGGGCCGGAGCUUCCGAAACCACCUCUGGCCGUUCUCAGAGUCGGAGAGCAGAUGCAGUUCAGGUCCGCAGAGAAACUCUUCCUCGUCCACUUCUUCGACAGCAGGCGCAGCUGGCAAUGGCUUCCUAGAUCAAAGAUGGCCCCCUUUGGGAUCAAUAAAGCAUUUGACAGAAUGAAGCUAAUGGAGGCUCGUGUUUCUUCCAUCCGUAGAACUGUGCAGCUCGCCUUCAACCGAGCUAUGAAUCACCUGAACCAUGUUAGCAGGGAGCUGGAACCAAGCACAAGCCUUACUGUCACUAACUGAAGUCUUCCACCAACCCACCUUGUUCUCCCGCCAUCUCCAGAAUCCUAGCACCAACCAUCUGUUCAUUUCAACCUCUCAACACUCUGGCUCCGCGUCAUGUACCUAACAACACACAAAUAAAUGUUUACCAUUUCCUGUGAACUGGAAGCAGAUUGUGAGCAUCUUUCUUCACAGAUUUGACCCACCUAUGUUUGAAUUACUGUAGCUUGUGAUUUUCAUCCUUUAUGUCUAAGAGCUAUGCAAUGAAAAGCGAAGGUUAACGGGUACAAAAAAGUAAAAUGAAUAAGGGGAAAGAAAAUUGUCUUUUGAGGACUAAAAAUUGCAGGUCUAAAGCUGGUGAAUGUCAAUUUGACCUCUGACCACUAUAUGUGCUGCAAAAUUGCUGCAACAAUCUCACUGCCAUAAAAGAGUCCAUGUGUGUAACAGCAGCAGCUCUGUAAAUAAUCUGUGCAAGGCCUGACACUAACUUAUUCACUCAGUCUGUUUUGGUACUCAACGUUGCAUUUUAACGGUCAAAAGUGAGUAAUCACAUCGUUUUCACCGACACUAAUACUGCCGGUGUUUCUGCUGGUGCUAUCUCUAUGGAGAGAAAAAACACAUGCAUACUGUACUGAACAUUUUUUAUUUCAGCUUUUUAUUUCCUUUUCUUUUUUUGUACCUUGUUUUUUUUGUAAGUUAUUGACUUCUCAAGCUUCAAGUUCUUAUAUCAGUGGCAUUAAUUUUUUUGUGUGUGCAUUUUUUUUUUUAAAUCAGAUUGUUUUUAAUGGACUACUACUUGUUUGUCUGUAGAAAGUUAUAUGAAAUCUCUAUAGAUGUUCACAAAGUUUAAAAUGCCUGAAGUGCAUCAUUCACACAAAACCAAAAAGACUGCUGCCCACAGGUUUCCCACUAAUGUUUGUCAUUUGCUGUUGUUUUUUUCUUUAAUGUUUCUUUUUGUGGUUCAUUUUUGCUGUUGAAAAUAUCUGGCCUUUGCGUGUUCUUAUGAAUUCAAGUUUUCUGUAACAUGUCACAUAACUGUCUUAUCCAGAUGAGCUGAACUUGAGUUAUAUUAGAGAAGAUAACGUGCCUGUACUAACUUAUUGUAAAGACAAUGUAUAUACAUCACUUCAUAGAAAAUGUGUGGUGAGAAAAUACUACAGGCACUAGGUGCCACAUGUAAUGCUCCUUUUUGUGUGUCUGUGUGAGAAUCAUUUCAUAUUUUUUUUGUUUUAAUUUUGAUUUAUAGCAUUAAAUUUCAGAAAUG